AUGGACGCCUGGCGCAAGAAGUACUUCCCUGAGCAUCUCAACAAGCUGCCCGCCCAUCUCAUGCUCUUUCACAGCCUACCUCAGGUCCAUCUCUCAGGCAAGAUCAUCCCGUCCCUCAACGAUGUUGCCAGCAACCAGGCGCCGUACAGUAUAAGAACUGGAUGGCCGUUCAAGUUGAAAACCACAGGAGUCGCUGUGAAAUGUCACCACCAUCCGCGAAGAACGGACUCGGAUAGGACCGGUAUGCGCUCGGCAACCGGAGAUAUCCAUGAAAAGCUCAAGGCGGACUGGUUCGAUUUCUUGAGUGAUCAGGAUCGGGGCAAUAUCCGACUGCACUGGACUGUCAUAAACAAAGAGCCACGGCAGGAGGUUGUCGAGGAGGCACUCACGGAGCUGAAGAGAUGGGACGCGGCACGAGAGGGCCGAAGCCAUCUUGUUUCAAAGCGCCCGUUUGUACAAGAGAAAACUUUUCCGGACUUGCCGGACGGGAGAGGUACAUAUACUGGGACUGCUUUGGGUUUGACACUUUGGCGAUACGUCCAGGGGAACUGGGUCGAGCCUAAGAAUUUUGAUUUCACCGGUGAGGACAUACUGCCGGAGUCUGUCGACAAGGUCCGGAAAACUCCAUUCAAGAGAGCCUUGGUGCGGAAGCUGCAAUUGUAG